UGGGGAAUUAGCAGCAGCGACGGGCGCGCGCGCUGGUCCCCAGCACAUCUGGGCGAGAGCGGCGCCGCUGUAACCGAGGGGAGCGCUGAGCGCAGAUCUGGAGCGGCAGAGCCACCACGCAACUGGGACCCCUCGAGGAGCUCGGGGUGCACAUCUGGGACCUCGAGAAAGGGCCGCGCUGCGCGCAGCUGGACCAGGGGAAAGGGGCGGCGGCUGCACAGCUGGACCGAAGGGGGCGGGGUCCGUCCCGGGUGGCUGGCAAAAGCGAGGGCCGCGAGUCGCCGGCGACUGGAGCAUGGGACAGCGCGCCUGAAAGAGCAGGGGUGAGGCAGGGGCCUGGGACCCCAAGAGGAAAAGAGGAGAGAAAGGGGCACGAGAGCAAAGGAAGAUGCAACUGACUCGCUGCUGUUUCGUGUUCCUAGUGCAGGGAAGCCUCUAUCUGGUCAUCUGUGGUCAGGAUGAUGGUCCUCCUGGCUCAGAGGACCCUGAGCAUGACGACCACGAGAGCCAGCCCCGACCCCGGAUGCCUCGGAAGCGGAGCCACAUCUCACCCAAGGCCCGCCCCGUGGCCAAUUCUACUCUCCUAGGGUUGCUGGCUCCACCUGGAGAGGCAUGGGGAGUCCUUGGGCAGCCCCCCAAUCGCCCAAACCACAGCCCUCCACCUUCAGCCAAGGUGAAGAAAAUCUUUGGCUGGGGCGACUUCUACUCCAACAUCAAGACGGUUGCCCUGAACCUGCUUGUCACAGGGAAGAUCGUGGACCACGGCAACGGGACCUUCAGCGUCCACUUCCGUCACAAUGCCACGGGCCAGGGCAACAUCUCCAUCAGCCUCGUGCCCCCCAGUAAAGCCGUAGAGUUCCACCAGGAGCAGCAGAUCUUUAUUGAAGCCAAGGCCUCCAAAAUCUUCAACUGCCGAAUGGAGUGGGAGAAGGUGGAACGGGGCCGCCGGACCUCGCUGUGCACCCACGACCCAGCCAAGACCUGCUCCCGAGACCACGCUCAGAGCUCAGCCACCUGGAGCUGCUCCCAGCCCUUCAAAGUUGUCUGUGUCUACAUUGCCUUCUACAGCACGGACUAUAGGCUGGUCCAGAAGGUGUGCCCAGAUUACAACUACCACAGCGGUACUCCCUACUACCCCUCCGGCUGACCCGGGCAGGCCACGGAGGCCGGGCUGGGGCUGGAAGGACAGGCCUGCCCACACAGGAGGUCAUCUGUCUGGACCCUGGGCAGGCAAGGGGAAGGGCCUCAGGCAGGGAGUCAGGUGGAGAGGAGGUGCCAAGUGGGGCUGGGGCCAAGUCUCCAGUGGUGGGGAAGGGGUCCCGAGUGCUGGCCCCAACCUGCAGUUGUGGAGCAACUAGGACAGGCGCUGGAGGAGUGGGUUCUGUGCAGCCUCACAGGGCGUCCCCACUGAGCGACAGGCAGAUGCUGCGUCCCAGGAGGCCCCUGAGGCAGACAGACCAGCGUGGCCCCAAUAAAGUCAUGGAGAGGAGCCUAAAACCUUGGCUCUCUCCCUGCCAUCCUGACAGGACAGCAACAAGGAGGGGCUGUCUGUCUCCUCAGUGCGGACACCAAGUAGGCAACGCCAACAGGUAGCUGAGAAGGGGCCUCCUGACAGCUAGCACUUGGGGGCCAAGGCAGCAGGAACCCUCUAGCCCCGCUCAGUGGACAGCCCUGAGCCCUUUGACAUGGACUGUGGACCCAGCUCGGCUUGAGGCUGAAGUGGUGACCUUGGAGUCUUCAAUGUCUUGACAAAUAGACCAUGUGCCCCAGCCAGGCCACCCCUUUCCCAGACUCCCUGUUCUGCCAUGGAUCCCCCACCCGUCCCCAUGCUGAUGGGACACCCUUCUUUAAGCUGAGACAGACGGUGAUCGUGGUUCUCCCAGCACCAAGGCCAAGGCCAUAGGUGGAAGCCCGCCUGUGCGCUGUGUGUCCCUCCUCCACCCCAACCCCUGCUGGCUCCUCUGGGAGCGUCUUUGUCCAGCAAGCCAUGCUUCAAUAGUCAGUCUUGCCUGUCAGACUGGGGCUCCCCAGAUGGAGAUGUUGCCUCCCCUCUCGGGCUGUGGGGCUGGGGGAGGCCAGACUAUGGAGGGCGUGCUGAACUUGUGCUGUGGUGUCUGUCUGUGGGUUGGGUGGGGGGAGGGAGGUCUUGUGAAAUUACUCGAUUGUCGACUUCUGUGUGCAGAAUCUUGUUCUUGGAGCAAGGAAUAAAGCAUUCCCGGGGCAUUGGAUUCUGAGUUGUUGGGAAAAAGGGCCCCAGGCGCCCCGUGGUCCAGCCAGCAUUUCACAGAUGAUGGCUGGAUAUUUUCUGGAGAGCAGAGCUGCAAGGUUCAAAUAGCGGUGGGAGCUCACGCUCAGUGGAGGCGUCAGGUCUCCCUCCCCAACCCCCUUCCCAGCUGUUGGGAAGGCCCGGUGAGCACCCUGCUUGGCACUGCAAAAGCAGCUGCGGGAGGGAGAGCUGGUAGGUAGGAUGGGCCAUAGAAGGGUGUCUUUUUCCUUAUUGACUCCAUGGAUUGUCAUCUGGGUGGGCCCAGCAGGGCUCCUAGCUCUUAGUAUUUUGCUCUGUGGCCUCGCCUAAGUCCACUCUCU